AUGGAUUCUAAUUCGAGCAGCACAACCAACGAGCCCCGUUCCUUUACUCGAGGUCGACUUUCGCGUGGCAAGGGUUUGCGCAGAACAACAGGAUGUUUGACGUGUCGCAGAAGACACGUCAAAUGCGAUGAGGUCAAGCCGCGGUGCGGUGGCUGCACCCGCAAGAAAACUCGUUGCGAGUACGCGAAAACACAAGCAGGGAUCAGACGUACUCGUCGGCAAACAAGCCAAGAAAACUUGCUUGAUGAGUCUGAAAACAUAGAGAUAUGUUUGGAUGAUCAACCGGCUUCUCCAACCAGCGAUGCCACUGCGCCAAAAUCUCAAACAUUUGAGAAGCAAGAUGAUCAAUCUCGCGAACUUAGCGCCAAUGACAUAUACAUGCCGUCAGGCGAACAUGUGUUGCCCAUUGAGAGUCCACAACCUGAAGAGACCGUUAAUGUCGGCAAUGGAGAUGAAGCACGGCAUGCGGAUAUGCAAAUCUAUCAGUCGCCACAAACUAGCCUCGGGUCGCAUGGCGACUACGGAAACAGGACCUACCCUUAUCUCGAUUCCAUAGCCUACGGCCUACCAUCACCAGCCCAACUUCCAUACCACCCUAUGUCUAUGACAUAUGGAAGUCCAUCAGAUGCAUCUCUCACGUUGAAAUGGCUUGACCUUCUGCUUGGCGACGUGGCUAUCAACUACGGACCCUUACCAGAACCAUUUCCCGACCCAGGCGGCACCAACAUAUUUGGUAACUCCGCUAUACAAUCGCCAACGACUUUGGGAGACAACAGUGUAUCCCAUACGGUUGACGACAUAGCUAGGUUGUGUGGGCCACAUACAAGCGAGCCAAGAGUCGAAACGCGAAACGCAUACCUACGAGAACGAAUUCCAUCUGGGGAGGACCAGGUUCGCGAAAAAGAUCAGGCUUGGCAAGCAUUGGAACCUAUUAAUCUUCAAACGCAAGAACUUAUACUAUUUCGACAUUUCACCGAUCACAUCAGCCAGUGGAUGGAUCUAUUCGAGCCGCAAAAGCCAUUUGGAAGUCUGGUUCCACAUCUCGCUUUACACAACGUUGGUCUGAUGAACGCUAUCCUCGCUCUCUCAGCUCGCCAUCUCGACAUCAUGAAUCGUGACACGCCUACCUACGCCGCAGGCUUCCGGCCGACCCAAGACGAUACGAUCGGUUAUUACUACAAAACCCUCCACUACUGCCAAGAGGCGAUGCAAUAUGACGGGUACAAAACGAGUCUAGAGCUUCUGGCCAGUGCAUUCAUCAUUUCAGCUUACGAGAUGCUUGAUGGCUCUAAUACGGAUUGGGAAAAACAUCUGAAAGGAGUCUUCUGGAUUCAACGCUCUCAGACCAUCCAUGGACACUCUGGCGGCUUGCGACAGGCCGUUUGGUGGGCUUGGUUGUGCCAAGAUGUUUGGGCAGCUUUUCGCGAGAAGAGAAGACCCUUCACCUUCUGGAAACCAAAUCGUCCUCUGGCGGACUUGAAUCCAAGCGAACUAGCAGCCCGGGCUGUUUAUAACUUUGCUCACGUUGUCCACUUUUGCGCUCGAGACGAUGCAUCCAAUACUCCGGAUUAUGUCGCCGUCAAGACCCAAGAGGCUGAUCUUCUCUCUCAACAAUUAGACUACUGGGCUUCGUACCUAACCUCUGAGUUUCAGCCUCUUCCCAUUGUUGCUUCGGCUGCUGAAAAGAGUCCUUUCCCACCAAUUUGGAUACAACCACCAUCUUUUGCUGUGGCGAUGCAAGUAUACUACUGCUCUCGGAUUCUACUCGACCUGCACCAACCUUGCUUUGGUGGGUACCAAGAGUAUUUGGGAAAGCAGCGAAUUCUCAAGCGAUGGGUUGGCAUGGUAUGUCGUAUCGCAAAAGCUCUAAACGACCAUGCGUCAAGUGUCUUGUCUUCUCAAUGUGUCUUUAUUGCCGGAACGGUCGUAGAAGACCCUGAACAGCGCUCUGCAAUUCUAGAGAUUCUCGAUACAUGCAGCCGUCGAGCAGGGUGGCCUGGCUACUCACUAGGGCGAGAGCUGAAGGAGAUUUGGCGCGACUAG